GCAGCGCAGAUCCUGCUCGGCAACAUAACGGCAUGGGGCCCGCAGGCUGCGAACUUCUGUCGCAACGCAGGCUACAAUUACCACCUCAUAGCGCUAGCGGAGACGCACGUCGACGCGAACGGCCUCACGGAGCAUAUUGGCAAGCUCGCCAUGGACGGCUGGAAGCUUUCGGCCACACCCGCGGUGGCUACCAACAAAUCGGACAAAGGGACCCAUGGCGGCGAGUGGAUCCCCACGCGCAGGGACGCGGCGGCGACUACGUUCGAGGGCUACAGGGAGAACGAUGUCAAGCACCACAAGAGGGAGCCGUUCGUGGGGUUCACGCCGACGGUCCUCCACUCCAAGAGCGGCAACAUAGUCGUCGUGGCGGCGUGCCUUCGCCCUGGCCUACGGGACCAAGGCGCGAACAGGGACAUCCUGGUCUCCAUCUCCACCUUCGUGGACAUGCUCAUGGACCCGUGGAUUACCCUGGCCGACUGGAACUACGAGCCGCACUGGUGGGACAACAAGCCGUGGCUCACGCGCUGGAACGGCACCAUCCUGCCUGACCCGAUCUGCGAAUCGGCGUGCGACAAGGGCUCGGGCUCCGUGUACGACUACGCGAUCGCACGGGCGGACAUCGCCACGCACGUCGGGGUCGAGGCCAUCUACGACGUCCCCUGGAAGACCCACUGCGGCAUCCAGAUCACGGUGGGCACCGCCGAGCCGUGGCAGUAUAAAGCUAAAAAGGUUCCCAAAGCCCUCCCCGCACGAGCCAGACCCAAGAAGGUCGCGGACCCGAACAGCAAAAGGUCCCAGGCUCGCGCGGAGGCGUUGCGAACCAGGAGGGAAAGGCUACCAGAGCACCUGCGCGACGAGUUCGAUGCCCUGCACACCAACCGCGAGACGGCCAAGGAGGACCCCACCCCUUCGUCAUCCCCCAGGAGAACUGGGACGAAGCCGCCGACCUCGUCCUUCCCGAAGUUCGAUGGCACAAAGGUCGGCACCAAGGAGGGCAGAGGACACAUCUUCCACAACCAUGCGCCGAACCUCGCGGAAAACAUCAACUCGAAGUACGCGAAGUGGGCCAGGUACCAGGGCAGGGCAGAGGGGUACAGGAACACCAAGCAGACGAUGAAGGCGUCGCCUGGCAGAGCGUACCUAAAGGACCCCGAGGCCACCUGGUGGCAGCACCUCAGCACCCUUGCCGCGAGGUACACCGCGCUGGUCACCAACGGCAAGGACCCCAAAGCCCGCCAGCGCAUCCAAACAGUCAUGAAAAAGUUGGACGACCUAGAGAACCCUGAGUUCUCCAAGGAGCACUUCGGUAGAAAAACCGACCCGCAGGAGAUCGAAGAAUGGAAGACCCAGCUCGCUACCCUCGAGCGCUGCGACGAGGACGACCUGCACCACAUCAGCGCCACCAACAUGGAGUGGACCCACAAGGCCAUGGCGAGAGCUGCCGGCAGAGCGCGAAAACGGCACCUCGACCGGGCGAAGCAGGCGUGGAAGGAGUCACCAGGCAAGCUGCACCGCAUGGUCACCGACCCCAAGGCGCCGCGCCUGGAGGACAAGCAGCCCCAGAAGACGGUGGGCGACCCAUCCACGGUCAUGAACCACUCCGCCGACACCUGGCGCUCCAUUUGGGCGUCCGGCAGCUACAACGCCAAGCAAAUCACCAGCGCCUACGAGAAGGCCAUGCGACUUGCGAAAGAGGACCCUCUCUCGCCAAUCGAGCCGCAGCACAUACAAGCCAUCGCGGGCACC